AUGUUUGGUGUCAUUCGAGCAUUACCACGAGGAUCGAGUCGUAUGCCCUUGAGCGCUAAGCGUGGACACAAUUACUAUAAGGGUACUGGAAGUGGUGCCAUGGGUCAACACACGAAGAAUGGCGGUUACAAGGUUGACUGGAACCGUGUACGGACAUUUGUUGUUCCUGAUCUUGAAGGAUUCUCGCUUGGCCCAUAUGUCUCCCGCAAAACUACUCGUCCUAAAGCCUCUACACAAUAA